AGAGGAAAGCUUUUCGUUCUGAAACACAAUUUUCUUUUUAAAUUUCUGAACCCAUUGAAAUCCAUAAUCCAGGGAUGGCCCAUAUUUAAAAAGCCCACAGAAAAGUAAAAUCUACUGUGUUCCCGCUGCAUACAAUCACUACUGUCGGACAAUUACAGUAAAACUACCCGUUGUGAGUUGAAUCGGAGACGAGACACAGUGAAGGUGACCCGAAAAUGGCCUCAGCUCCUAAAGACGAAAGAAGAAACCCAAGUUCUGGUAAGAGAGUAGCUGUUGUUGGUGCUGGCGUCAGUGGGCUGGCUGCAGCAUAUAAGCUGAAAUCGCAUGGAUUGAAAGUCACGGUAUUCGAAGCUGAGGGGAGAGCUGGAGGGAAGCUUAGAAGUGUUUCUCGUGAUGGUUUAAUUUGGGAUGAGGGUGCAAAUACAAUGACUGAGAGUGAAGUGGAGGUGAAAAAUUUGAUUGAUGAUCUUGGGCUUCGAGAAAGGCAACAAUUUCCAAUUUCACAGAACAAACGGUAUAUUGUAAGAAAUGGAAAGCCAGUGCUGAUACCUACAAAUCCGAUCGCGCUGAUCACGAGCAACAUUCUUUCUGCAAAAUCAAAGUUUCAGAUCAUUCUGGAGCCAUUUUUAUGGAGGAAGCCUGGGUCCUCAGAAGUUUACAAUGCUUAUACUGAGGAAAGGUGGUUAAUCAAUACAUCAAUGCCGUCCGGCUUUCUUACAUUCAAGCUUUAUGGCUUCUUCACGUGCUUGUACUUUAUCAUCUUUGGCAUUCUCAGCAUUCUGUCUUACUUUUGGCUAUCUUACAGUGUGGGUGAGUUUUUCCAGCGUCAUUUCGGGAAAGAGGUUGUUGAGUAUCUUAUUGACCCUUUUGUUGCGGGCACAAGUGCUGGAGAUCCUGAAUCUCUUUCUGCGCGCCAUUCUUUUCCAGAGCUGUGGAAUCUGGAGAAACGGUUUGGGUCGAUUAUAGCUGGCGCAUUUAUGGGAAAGUUAUCUACUAAAAGAGAGAAAAGCAUAGAAACAAAAGCAUCUGCAGGAAAGAAGCGCCAACCUGGUUCCUUUUCUUUUCUGGGUGGAAUGCAGACCCUAGCCAACACGCUGUGCAGAAACCUUACAGAAGAUGAGCUUAGAUUAGGAUCAAAGGUCUUGUCAUUGUCUUACAAUCAUGAUUACAAGUCAGUAUUAGAGAAUUGGUCUGUUUCUUAUUCUUCUAAGGGUACUAAGAAUGUGAAAGACUCAACUUAUGAUGCUAUCAUCAUGACGGCUCCAUUGUGCAAUGUUAAAGAAAUGAAGAUCACCAAAAGUAGAAGCCUCUUCCCACUGGACUUUCUUCCUGAGGUGCUUAUUCCUGAUGUGAGUUAUAUGCCACUAUCUGUCAUCAUUACUACUUUUAAGAAGGAGAAUAUCAAGAGACCCCUUGAAGGCUUUGGAGUUCUUGUUCCUUCUAAGGAGCAACAAAAUGGUCUAAAAACUCUUGGUACACUCUUUUCCUCUAUGAUGUUUCCAGAUCGUGCACCCGAUGAUCUGUAUCUGUAUACAACCUUUAUUGGUGGGAGUCGAAACAAGGAACUGGCAAAAGCUUCAACGGAUUCUCUAAAACAGAUUGUUACUUCUGAUCUUAGGCAAUUGUUAGGAGCAGAGGGGGAGCCCACAUUUGUGAAUCAUUUCUAUUGGAGUAAAGCAUUUCCCUUGUAUGGGAGAAACUAUGAUUCAGUACUCAAAGCAAUUGACGAAAUGGAGAAAAAUCUACCUGGAUUCUUCUAUGCAGGUAAUCAUAAAGGAGGAUUAUCUGUUGGAAAAGCAAUAGCCUCUGGAUGCAAAGCAGCUGAUCUUGUAAUAUCCUAUUUGGAAUCUUCUUCUGGUGACAAGAUACUGUAAACAAAGUCAAGUCAUCAUCAUAGGAAAAGAAGCUGUCUUCCUGAAGGUUAGUUUGAUUACUUCUACUUGCAUUCCCUCUCCUCCUUGUAUAUAAGGUUAGAGACAGCAAUCCAACUGUAAUAACAAGCAAGUAAUACAUGUUGUUUAUAAUGUUAGUCGAACUGGUUGAACCAUAAACCGCCAAUGAAACCAAUCGAAAUGCUAGUCUUAUUUUAAAAACA